AUGAGCGACGGAGUUCAUGGCUGUCGGCCGGGUCACCCUUUACUGCUCGCCCGUUCCUAUUUAUCCCACCACCCGCGUCUCCGCCCUGCCCCCGUCCAUUUCUUACACCGGCUUCCCCUCCCCCCAACUCCUCCAAUGCCGUACGUGCGUGCCUUCUUACCCGCCCCCGCCGCCUCGCAGGCGCGCAGCGUCCGCGACGUACCGCGCUGCGCGUCCACCAAUGCCACGCCGGUACCGCCCCUCCCACCGCGGCGCCCGUCCAACCCAACGCGGCGCCCGCGCCGCCAGUCCGCACGCCGCAUUCCCCCGCGUGUCCACGCGCAGAACAUCCACCGCCCGGCGGUCGCGGGCGACCUCACCGCCAUGCAGGCCGCCGUGCGAGCCGCCGUCACGGACGGCUUCACCCUCUCCGCCGUCAACUACACCAUCAUCGCAAACGCACACGCCGAGCAUGGCGACCCGGCACACGCCUUCUCCGUGCUUUCGCUCAUGCGCAGUAGGAACGUCAGCCCAACUAAUGUUACCCUGCGCGUCGCCAUCAAGGCCUGCGACGUGUGGAAGGCCGCACACCCGGCGGUCGACGCCCUGCUGACAGCACUUACCUGGGCCGCCCAGGAUACGUCCGAUGGGCCGGAUGAGCGCACCUGGAAUCUGGCAUUGAGGGCACUGGCGAGGAAGAGCGCGACGCCACAGAUGCUCACCGUUUUGAGGUGGAUGCGUACCGGGGUUACGAACUGUCUCCCAGGCGUUCAACAGGACGACCGGGAGAACAUUCCUCGCCCCUCUGCCUGCUCAUAUAAUACCUGCCUGCAUGCGCUCGGGAGGAAGGGCGAUUUUGCGGAGGCCAUUCGCCUUUUUGCGGAGAUCCUCGUUCGACAACACGAGGGCAACGACCUCCACGUCGAUGUAGUUACGUAUAAUUCCUUGCUCGAGAUGGCUGUCAACUCAAACCGAUUCGCUUUCCCAGACGGCUUUGGCAAAACACCCGAAGCAGUCGGUGCAAAUGAAUGCGACCCCAGUCAUUUUGUCCACGCCAUCACCAAUAGCAUGCUGCGUCAUGAUGUGCAAACUAAUAUUACCACAGAGACCCUAAUUCUCAGACUCCUCACGCGGAAACAUUCAACUCCGCCGGACAGUGGUUACAUCCGCUCCCGAAUGCUGCAGGUUUUGGAGAGCGCCGACCAAAACAAAUACGAUAUAGACAAAAAGUAUUUCGAUGCCCUAAUCAUUGCCUUUGGACAAGCUACAGACAUAGAUGGGGUGGCAAGCGCCUUCGAAGGCAUGAUCUCCCAGGGUAUUCGGCUCGAUUUUUUGACAGUUCGAGCAUUGCUCCAAGCCGCAUACCACUGUGCCGAUGUCCAGCUAGCUAUCAGGAUCAUAGAUGCGUGCUUCGACAAUGACCUGCAAUGCGAUGAUCGCAUGUAUACCACAGCGAUUGCAACUUGCGCAAAGGCCAAGCCCCCGGACCCCGAAACAGCAGAGUUUUUGCUCAGUCAAGCUUUGGCACGAGGAACCACCUGGACUUCGGCGAUGGUUAACGCAGCCAUCUCAAGUUAUGAAGGUAACGUAUCCAAGGCAGUCGAUCUCUGGAAGAAACUGAGGAAUUGUUCAGACGCCUCUUCCGCGACUGUGCUCGAAGAGUGCUGCGUGUACGAGGCACUCAUGAGAGUGUGUGGCCGCGGCUCACGGCCGGAUUUCGCGUUGCGGAUUUUCUACGCUGCCAAGAGGGCAAGCCAUGUUUCUCCAAAUACACCAGAAUCACGAGCGAUUUUCAAUUCGUUCAUGCGCGGUGUCAGAGAAUCAAAUGCCGAGGCUGGGUUGAAUAGAAACCCUCUGAAACGUCAGUACCUUCGCCACCUGAGGACCGAAUGUGGAGGUUUAGUGGAUAUGAAUGUGCCAUUUGAGAGGAUUCGAAUCAAAUUUUGAAAGAGAAGCUUCCCAGGUCGGUGUGUUUCAAGAGCCAGAAAUAACCGUAAGGCGCUAAAGUUUAAAAUGAAUCAUGUCCAAAGACCCUCGCGCACAAA